GCGUGCUGGCGGCUAGCUUGUGUGCUAGCAGGGCUAGAGAAGUUAGCCCCCAGAGCUAGCAGGACAGAAAGAAAACACAGACAUGGAUGAUGAUGAUGAUCUGGAUGAACUGCUGGACGAAGUUGAAAAAAAGUUUUGCCGCAACGUUACUGUUGCGUCCACAGCUCGCGGGGAGCCACGCGAGGCAGGAAAAUGCGGGAAAGAGACCGACGGACAGAAAAAACACAAUGCCACAAAUCCUGGAGAACCGAUAAGCAGCAUCACUGAGGAUAUUGACGCCCUUCUGGAGGAACUGCUGGAGGAAGACAACAUAGAUUCCCCUCAAUCAAAGAGUGAUCAGUUUCCUAAAGGACCACAAGUGGAAAAGAAGCCAUCAUCUCAGUCUGGAGGCAGGAAGUGCUGUCCUGUGUUCGUUGGCGGCAGCUCUGUUGCAAAUGGUGUUGGAACAGCCACAUCCAAGAGGUCCUGUGACCAGCUGAGGUGUAUAUCCUGUGACUUCAGGGUGCUGAUGUUUGAUGACUGUGAGUGGGACCCGUCCUGUGAUUACCUGUUCCUCAGGAACAACAUGCCGGACCGUCAGAAGCUCAGAGCCAGGCUGAAGAAGAGGAGAGGUUUCCGGGCGUACGGCUGCCAGUGCAGCUGGUUCUCCUCCUCGGAGCCGACAGACCUCAGGGACCAGGCUCAGCUCAGAUGGGUCUGUGGGAAGCACCAGGACUGAUGUCGACUCCUCGCUGCUGCAGAACGCUUGUUAAAAACCUACAAUCGUUCCGGAUCACAGGCCAAAACAGGGACGUUACAGACAGGAAAAACCUCCUCUGCUUUAUCUUCUCUCUCUGCCUCUUCAGCUGGUUUCUGUCUUGAACUGUCUGCAGUGAAUCUGCCCCAGUUCAUGAUCACUUACCUGAUGUCGCUUCAACACGGAGGUACGCACUGAAAACACCCGAAAACAUCUCUGAAAAAGACUCAAAUAUCAAAGCACUUUGUCUAAUUGAUCUAAGAAAUGCUUUCUGUUCUAACCAUGGCAACAGCUCUAAACAAGGAGGACUAUAAUCACUCGGACGUCUUUAUUCACUGCUCUAUGAAGAGUUUCAGCUUUUUAAAUGUAAAAAUCUACAAUAAUGUCGAUAUAAUAUGGAAAUUUGUACAAACUCUUAAAUUAAAACAGAUCAAAUCA